AUGUAUGAAGCAAAACUGAUAAAAGAGUCAUAUCCCAUUAGUAAUGUAAAAGGAGAAACACUACUGGAUGAAAUACAGGAAGCUGUUUGCAUUAAUUAUAGAAAACUUAAACCAUUUGCUGAAAUUUUAUGCACAUGCUCAAUCACUAUUAUGGUAGGAAGAGCUAUUAAGAGAGACUACAGAAAGGUUUAUGGGAGUGAUGAUGAGAAUAUUGAAGGGCUCAAGAUUUAUCUUCCUAACAGUAUCACUUCAAAGUUUAAGUCAAUGCGAUUGAAGUUUGGGCAGGCAUUCAUUAACGUUAGAUCAAUCAUGAUGAGCAAUCAUCAGUCUCAAUCCAUUGAUGAUAUCAAACGUGUAUUGGGGCUUCAGCUUCAGCUAGCUCGGUGUGAAGAUAUCCGUAGCAUUUUGCAAUUAAUACAUGAUGAAAGUUCACUUGAUGACAUUAGUUUGCUGGAGCAUCUUGUUAAUAAGCUCAAUAUAGAUGAUGCUAAGAUAGUUAUUGAGGAUUAUAAAGGAGCUAUUGAGGAGUUAAAAAUGAAGCUUCGGCAAUUUUUGAAAGGAGAGCUUUCAAAAGCAUUAUCGCUAAUUCAAUAUGUUACAAUUGUUGUUGAUAAAGAUACGAAUGAGUCAGUACUUAAAGAUGUCAAGAAAUUGUCAUCAGCUGUAUUACCCCAUUACGUAAAGUUAAAUGUCAUUAGAUUGUGGGACAUAUGGAAGCAAAAAUCAUUCACUGAUACUUAUGUAGACCCUACUGUACAAAGUAAAGAUACCACAGUCUCACCUAAAGUUUCUGCAGGAACAACAGAAUCAGUGAGCCAUUCUUACCAGGAGGAGGAGGAAAACACAGAUAAUGAGGAUGAAGUUAUGUUGCUACAGGAGAAAGUUAAAAGAAUUCAAAAACAACUGGAGGAAGAAAAGGAACUCCAUGAAAAAGAGAAACAAUUACAUAAACAAGCUAAAAGGGAAUAUGAAGAAGAAAUACUUCAACAGAAAAGGGAAGUCAUUCAAAAUGAAGAGAGAAUAGCAACACUUACUGAACUACAUGAGGAAGUUAUUGGUCUCUUGAAACUCAAAGGAGAACAAAAUGAAGAAUUAAAAUCAGACAAUGAACUUACUCAUAAACAACUGGAGAAAGAGAAAGAGGAUUUACAAAGAAAGAUUCAUGAUCUUCAGCAAGAAUUAGAGCAAGUGUCAGUUCAUUGUAAUUAUACUAUCACUCAGUCAGAAUUACAGAGUGAAAUACAGAAGAUUAAAAAUGAAAAUGAAAUAUUUCAAAAACAAAGGAAAGCAUUGAUACUGGAGAAUGAAAGAUUAAUGUCAUUACUUAAAGAAUAUAAUGGUAUACUUAUUAUAAAUAAUUAUUAUUAAAUUGCAUUUGAUAGUACCAGUACAACAGAAAGAAGAGACUGAGAU